CUCCGGCUCGCUUUUGUUCCCCUAAUUUUGCAACGCCGCGCGCAUGCAGGAUAUAUAUAACACCCUAAAUCCGCCAUGGACCUCUCACCGCCUCAAAUCGAUCCCCGGCAUUCCCUCCUUCGCGUCGCGCCAUGGGUUGCGGCACCUCCAAGGAAGCCGUGAUCAGCAGCGACGGCAGCGGCAGGUGCAGCCGCAAGCUCUUCCGGCGGAAGUCCAGCGUCGUCGCCACCGGCGCACAUCAGCCGCUCGCCGCGAAGGACAAUGGAGACGUUGCGAAGCAUCACAAGGCGGCUUCGGCGCCGGAGAAGGCCGUCGUGAAGGGGAGCGGCAAGGCCGGUGUGACCGCCCCCGUUGUUAAGGGCAGCGACGUGGUGCCGUCGACCGUGAUCGGCGCGAAGGUAAUCGGGGAGAAGAAAGAGGGGGAGGAGAUCAAGAAGGACGGUAAGGAAGUAGCAAUCACCGCCACCGACGCGACGGGAGAGAAGGAGACGGCGACCGAGAAGUUCACCGGGGGGAAGAAAGACGAGGGCGUCAGCGACAAGGAAGUCGUCGCCGAUCUGAUCAAGGACGACGUGGCAUCGGCAACCGGGAGCGUCGUCAUCGUGCAGGAGGAAGAAGAGGGGACCGAGAAUGGCGAGCCUGUCGAGGUGUCGAUCGUGGCAGACGAGCGAGAAGACGAAGAUCAGGGAGUGUCGUCGGCCGGCGCAAACGACGAGGAGGGGUGGUCGACUGAGAAAGACAUCGAGGAGAUCGCUGUGGACGAGGAUGACAGCACUGUCACCUUCGCCGAUGGCCCGGUGGGCGUUGCCGCCGUGGCGGAUGACGGUGCUCUCAUCUCGGCUGAUGCGCCAGAUACCGAGGAGGAUGAGAUUACCGACUUCCCGUCUGCCACGGUGGCCGGGGACGACGGCGUGGCCGCGCCGGUCGCCAAGGAGGACGAACUCGUCUCAUUCGCGUCCGCUCCGUUGGCCGAGGAGGUCGACGGUGUCAUCCUGCCGGCUGCUCCGGUCGGCGAGGCAGUUGACGUUGCUGCCUUAACGGUGACUCCUGUGGCCAAGCCGAAUGGAAGUGCCGUCUCCAUAGAUGCUCCGGUGGCGAAAAAUGAUGAGAGCGUCACCAUUGCGGCUACUCCGGAGGUCCCGGAGGACGACGUUGCAGCCACCGUCGAUGCGGCGGCCUCGACGACGGCCAACGAGGACGAAGGUGUCAUGUCCACGGCUGCUCCGGCUUCCACGGAGGCCGAAGGUGCACCCACUGUCGACGUGGCUGCACCGGCGACAACCAAUUACGACGAAACUGUCGCCUCCGCCGCUGCACCGGUGGCCAACGAAGACGAAAGCCUCACAUCACCGGCCGCGUCCGAGGUGGAGGUGGCAGAGCAACCUACGCCGUCCGGCAAUGAUGAUGAAUUGAGAAACGAGCAAGAGCUGCCGGAACCUACCGCCGUCGAGGAGCCGGCCAGCGAGGCCGACGACGAGACAGAGCAAGCCAAGGAGCCAGAAGAGUUGGUCAACGUCGAGCAGGAAGAGGACGAGAGCGUUGUACCUCAGGAGCCAGAGGAGGAGGCGACAUCAGCGGCCGCGUCGAGAAACGGUGACGGGGAAUCUGACGGAAAACAAGCCGUUGCUUUGAAUGAUGCCGCAAACACAGAUCAGCUACCAGAAGGGGAGGAGCCGUCCGUCGAAGAGAAAAGGGACGACGAAGAACCAGCCGCCGCUCCAAUCGAGUCGUCAUUGAGUUGAAAUUGAGAGGUGUGAUCAUCGCAACAGCCAACUCAGAUGUAUUUCUGCGUUUAUGAUUUAUGAAUGUCCAGUUUGCUACUCCGCUCUGUUCCUUCCAUCGGCAUGAAACGUGCAUGCAAACAUUCAACUUUA